AUGACUCAUAAGAUUCGGGGAAUUACUAAACGAAACGCUGUGGUUCCCCGUCAAACGGUAUUUUACAUACGGGGAAAUACCUGGGCUAUAAUAUAUAAACCGCCGGGUGGUUUCUGUUGCAUUUCCUGCUGUUUAAUUUUUUCGACGUUGAACUCUUUUGCCAUAGAUGUAACAUCAUGUCCUCAAUUACACCUUAACCAUCAACUUCUAAACAUGCUGAUGAAUUGGAAUCCUCACUGUCUUCUUCUGAAGAAGCUUGACACGUAAGAAAAAAGAAAAACAUAAAGUCCUUUACUCAUAAGUAUACCGCUGCAUGGGAACAAGAACCUGAAUUUAGGGGUUGGCUGAGGAGCAGCAAGAAUCAGUCCAAUUAUGCAU